AUGAAGCGCAAUGUUUUCUGGGCGGCUCACUACAUUUUUGCCGAUUACGACUGGCUGACAUUAGACGAUCGGAUCUACUGUGUACUGCGGACUAUUCAACCAAUUUGCUACCCGAUACUCGCGAUUGUCGCCGUUCCCGUGAACCUGGUGACCAUCGCGAUCCUGUCGCGGGGAAAGUGCGGUCUCUCCAAAGGCGUGACCCGCUACCUGGUGUCCAUGGCGUCGUCCGAUCUCCUGGUGGUCAUCCUCGACCUGAUACUCAGACAGAUCCCUAUCGCUUUCCCGAGAGAGUUCCGGCUGCUGCGCUCAAUCCCCGCCUGCAACGUCCACGCCGUGUUACUCUACGCGGCCACCGACUGCUCCGUGUGGUUCACCGUCACCUUCACCUUCGACCGGUGUGUCGCCAUAUGCAGCGCCAAGCUGAGGAGUAAGUAUUGCUCCGUGCGAACGGCGGCCGUGGUGCUGGGGACCGUCAGUGUGCUGAGCUGUUUAAAGAACGUCUUCUGGUACUUCCUGCUGAGGGGGUGGUAUUACCUUCUGAACAACCCGUGGUUCUGUUACGGUAGGAAGAAUGUUCUCUAUUCCCCAGUCUGGGCGACGAUUGAGUUCCUCCAUUACCUCGUCACCCCAGUGCUCCCCUUCCUCCUGGUCCUGGUGCUCAACGCAUUGACCAUCAGACACGUCUUGGUGGCCAGCCGAGCCCGCAAGAGGCUCCGAGGAUCCAGCAGCGGUGAGCAGAGUCCCAGAGACCCGGAGAUGGACAACCGCAGGAAGUCCCUCGUUCUGCUGCUGGUUAUUUCAGGCAACUUCAUCAGCUUGUGGGCCCUCUUCACGGUUUAUUACGUGUGGGCCCGCCUGAGGUAUCUGGGGUCGGUGUCUACCUUCCCGCCGUGGACGGUGCGCGAACUCGGCUUCAUGUUGCAGCUGCUGAGCUGUUGCACCAACACCGCCAUCUACGCCGCGACCCAGAGGAAGUUCAGGGAGCAGCUGAAGGAGGCGGUGAAACCCCCCCGGGCUUUCCUUGUGGAGUGCGCUCGCUGCGUUCGGAGGCUGAGAAACCCCCGGCAGUGCCCCGACUGA